UCUACUAUUAACAAAAAAGAAAAAAGAGGGAAAAAAAAUCAAAUAUGGUGGUAGUUGGAGAUGUAAUUGCAAGCAAAAUCAUUGAGAAGCUAGUGGAGGUUGGAUUUGACUAUGCAGCAGACCAAUGUUUUGCUCGGCGAAGACGAAUGAACGAUGAGCUUCAAAGGCUCAAUGAUGCUCUUCCUCGUAUCCAAGCUAUUGUAAAUGCAGCGGAGAGUGGGCAACAAGAAAUAACUGGAGACCUCAACAAAUGGCUAUGGCAACUCAAAGAUGCUGUCUACAUGGCUAGUGACAUACUCGAUGAUCUUGAUUAUAUUGAGAUACAGAAACGAGUGGAGAUGAAUGCUGCAGGAAGAAGACCUCAUGGCAGUAAGGUGAGUGGUUUUAUUUCUGAUUCUAAACGAAAAGUUUCCAAGUUUAGUAAAAGAACCUUUAAAUCUGAUCCCACCCUCGAGAAGCUAAGGGGGGUUGUCAAGAGGCUAAGUGAAGUGGCGGUAGGCGUUACAGAUUUUCUCAGUUUAGUAAAAGAGCUUAACGAACUUCAACAACAACGUCAUCAUCAUCAUCAUCAAACUUUUAUCACUAAUUCUAAUCGUGAAACUGGACCUAUUUUAAGGGAGAGAAAUGUGUUGGGAAGGGAUGAGGAGAAGAAGAAAGUGUUACACUGGUUAAUGAGGAUGCCCAUUGCUAAUGAGGAUCAUGUGGGCAUCUCUCUUUUCUCCAUUGUAGGCCUCGGAGGAGUUGGAAAGACAACCCUUGCACAACUCGUCUAUAGGGAUGAUACCUUACAGAAUUCCUUUAGCAUCAAAAUUUGGGUGUGUGUCUCCACUCGCUUUGAUGUUAAAAAGAUUAUUGGAGACAUCCUAGAAUAUGCUACAAAAAAGAGACCUGACGUUGCAGGACUUGGCCCACUAGAGGAAGCUCUUAAGGCAUUGGUAUCAUCUGAGAAAUUUCUCCUCAUAUUGGAUGACGUUUGGAAUGAUUACGAUCUCUCUAGUUGGGAGACGUUGUUUGCUCCGUUGAGGAGUGGCCUUAAAGGAAGUAAAAUUAUUUUAACUACCAGAUCGGAGAAGGUUGCCGAAAUGGCUACACUAGCUUUAGGAGGGAUGGAAAAUGAGUUAAUGAAAUUAAAUCCCUUGGAUGGUAAUGUCUUCUUAUCACUUUUCAACAUAUACGCAUUUGCUGGAAUAAAUCCCCAUAAUUAUGGAAAGCUGCAAUCACUUGGCGAGCAAAUAGCUAGAAGGCUUGGAGGCUUGCCGCUAGCUGCCAAGAUGAUUGGAGCAUUAUUGCGUUCUAAUUUGGAUGACAGUCACUGGAUGAAUAUUCUGCAAUCUAGUCAUAUAUCAGAUCAUGGAUCACAGAGAGAUGGUGUGAUGCCGGUUCUAAUGUUGAGCUACUAUUAUUUACCAAUGCACCUAAGACCUUGUUUUGCAUUUUUCAGCAUUUUUCCUCAAGAUCACCUGUUUUUCAAAGGUGAUCUAGUUUUAAUGUGGAUGGCUCUCGGCUUCAUCCAACAAUCUCCUCAGAAUCCAACACAGACACUAGAGGAUAUUGGAAGCCGCUACUUUGAUGAGUUAGUUAAACUAUCAUUCUUUGAACAAUUUGGUAUGCUUGACACAAAUCCCUUAACUCAAAGAGUGGAAGAAGUGUACAUCAUGCAUGAUCUUUUGCAUGAUCUGUCAAGCAAAGUAUCUCAUGGUGAGUGCUUUACAUUUGUUGGAGAUAUGUCAAUCAACCGGAUCCCAAAUACAGUACGUCAUUUGUACUUUGAAACCGGUGAUCUUGGUCUUCUCAAAGAUAUGGACAAAUGGAAGAACUUGCACACUUUGAUUUUAAAAUUCAAUGGAUACAAUGAUGAGCAUGUUGUGGCUUUCCAGCAAGUGUUUGAAUCUCUAGAAAGCGUUCGAGUGUUGUGCAUCACUAUUAAAGAAAUGGAAGUAUUGCCGUAUGCGAUAGGUAGAUUGAGGCAUCUCAGAUAUUUGUCAGUCGAUCAUCAUUUUACUCGCCUGCCUAGUUCAAUCUGCAAGCUUUACCACCUGCAGGUACUUGUUUGUAGCCAUAUUGAAACUUCUUCAGUUUUGGUCUUGAAUAACCUUAUUUACUUGAGACACCUGCUGCCAUAUUAUCUUCCUUAUGGAAACGUCGAUGGGAUUGGGACUCUUACCUCGCUUCAAAGGUUAUCUUUCAGUGCUGGUGCUUAUAAACUUAGUGAACUAAAGGACCUAAGAGAGCUGCAGGAACUUCGGAUUAGCGGCCUUCACAACCAACAACAAGGGAAGGAGGUUAGUUUGGUUCAGUUACAUGAUAAAAAGAGACUCCAAGUGUUACAUUUGGAUUGGUUAGAUGACAGUGAUGCAGCAGAGGAGUAUGAAAAGGUGCUCGAUUGCCUCCAUCCGCCCCACAGCCUCAAGGAACUCAAAAUUGUACGGUACCGAGGUGCAAGGUCUCCAUAUUGGUUGGAAAAAGAUUUGUUAAAAAAUCUGGAGCGCGUCGUUCUUUCCGGAAACACAGCAUGGAAGCACCUUCCUUCUCUCGGGAAGCUUCCAUAUCUCAAUAAAUUGAGAUUGGAUUCACUAACAGGACUUGAGCAAAUUGGCUUUGAAGGUGGAUUUCAGCAACUGGAGAUUUUAGAAAUCCAUGGUUGUGAACUAUUGGAAGAGUGGUCCGGGUUUGGAGCAGAGACGGCACCUUGCUGGCCUCUCCUUAAAUAUCUAAGAAUCUCGCUGUGUCCCAAACUGAAGGCAUUGCCUCCUCUGCCCCUAAGUCUACAGAAGUUGAGAUUACUGUAUGUGGGAUUGUCUGAUUCUCCAACAUUCUGCCUGACUACUCCAUCCUCGUCCUCAUCCUCUCCUUCCCUCACUCACAUGGAAAUUGCAGGAUGUGAAAAUUUAACAUCAGUGGCUGGCUUGUUGCGACAUCGCCUCAGCGCCCUCAUGAUGUUGAAGAUUAGCUGUUGCGAAGCUCUUGCGGAUCUGCAUGCAGAGGAAGGCUUUCAGCAUCUGCAUUCCAUUAAAAGCCUACGGAUUGAAUAUUGCCCAAAGCUGAAGAUGGCUACCGACGCGGUCGCCCCGAUCGAUUGCUUCCCUCUCUCGUCACUUCAUUUUGAACAUUGCGGUGAACUGGACAGGCUCUUCCAGGCAUUAUUAAUGCAAGGUGUGCUUACUUCUCUUUCUGAACUUAGAUUGUCAGGUUGGAACCACAUAACAUCCUUUCCCUCCAAAGAGGCGUGCAAAAGAUUAACGUCACUAGAAGUGCUGGAAUUGGGAGACUGGGGAGGGCUGAUAUCGGUUGAGGGUCUAAAGGCUUUUUCCCACCUUCGUCGCCUAUCUAUUGAGAAGUGUCCCAAGCUUGUGCAAGCAGCAGCAGCAGUGUCAAUUAAGGGCGAGGAGGAGGAGGAGGAGGAGGAGUUCACAUUAACCGUCGGCACUCUUAGGAUUGAUGAUCCCUUGCUGCUCCACAUUGAACCAUUGAGAAAACUAGCGUCUGUCAUAACGCUAUGGAUAGGAGAUUGUAGAAAUCUGGAGUGUGAGGGAGACAUCAACUCGUGGUUGUUGCGCAACAGAACUUCGCUGCGAUCCAUCCACCUGGAAAAAUACACUGCAAAGUUGCUGCCUCGUAGCCUCCAAGCCCUCUCUUCCCUGGAGUCCUUAGAAAUCACUGAAGCUUAUCAGCUUCAAUCGCUGCCGCAGAUGCCUUCAUCUCUGCAAUGGCUUGAGAUCAGUGGCUGCGACGAGACGCUGAAGGAGCCGCAGAUGCCUUCAUCUCUGCAAUGGCUUGAGAUCAGUGGCUGCGACGAGACGCUGAAGGAGCGGUGCAUGGAGGACGAAGGUGCUGAUUGGCCCAACAUUAAACACAUCCCUGAUAUUGAUAUCUUGGCCUGGUACGAGCUAAACUUCUCAGAAGAAGGCAGGUUCUCUUUACAAGAUUUUCAUGCUGCUCUUCAUUUCUUACAUAGACUUCUCAGAAGAAGGCAGGUUCUCUUUGAGUCUGGAUGUGAUGCAUCUUUACUGCUUGAUGACACAUUUGCAAUAGUUAGUGACAAGACAGCAGUUCCAAACUUGAAUUCUGUUCGUGGAUUCAAGGUGAUUGAUAGAAUCAAGUAUUUGUUGGAGGAACCUUGCCUUUUGAUUGUAUCUUGUGCGGAUAUUUUGGCAAUUAUUGCUAGAGAUGCAGCUGUUUUGUAUGCUGCAUGCCAGUGGAGUAUUAAAACUUUCAGCCUACGUAGCCAUUUAAAAUUACAAGCGAACUUCCGUAUUUAG